CAUAGUGAUGACGUGAUCAUCGUGAGGUCAAGAGAAGAAACAUUUUAGACAUCUGAUAAACUGCCUCUAGUGCAAAUUGUUUAUAGUUUCCCGAAAUUAGGACAGAUCUUGUGAUCUGUACAUAUGUUAUGCUGGAAGAAGUUCCGAAAAGAAUAAUUUAUUAAUAUCUGCGAAACUGCGCAAACAUAGCGUUAGUACUGUGCGUGAACACAUCCAUUAUUUUGAAGCAGGCGGAAGUUGUAGCAGGAUCAGUUUCAGCGUGUGAAAACAUCCUAAUACACAUUUAUUUCGUUUUUUUGGUGGAGAAAAUGGGCUUGCUUUCAGGUGGCUUGAACUGACUGGAAACGUCGGGUACCACACUGAAUUUGCAGAUUGCAACAGAAGUCUGAUCUGAAAACCUUUUUAAAAUCAUCAGGCCUUGAACUAUAUUCAGGCCUGCCUUUUCUGGCCCACACAUGAGCACAGGCUACCUUUUUGACUGUGCUGAGUGCCAUGCCUGACCGGGAUAGCACGUACCUGGUAGGUGGUGGCGGGGGCAGCAGUGGAGCUGGUGCUGGCACAGGUGUAGGAGAGGAAGUAGGUGCUGGGUCUGGCUUGACUGGGGGUGCAGACGGUCGAGGGGGAGUUGGGGGAAGCUCAGCUGUUGGUAACACGGGUUCUGGGGCCAUGGGAUGCAGCGGUGCCCUGGGAAAUGGCCACACCUGCAGUGGAGCCAGUGGCAGUUUUGGCUCUGGCUCACCAUCAGAUGGUGUUUGCCGUGACUUCUUAAGGAAUGUGUGUAAGCGUGGCAAGCGCUGUCGUUUCCGCCACCCGGACUUCAAUGAAGUGCCUGACCUUGGUGCACAGAAGAAUGAGUUUGUAUUCUGUCAUGACCAUCAAAACAAAGAGUGUGUGCGUGCAAACUGUCGCUUUGUUCAUGGCUCCAAGGAAGAUGAAGACUACUACAAAAAAACUGGUGAGCUGCCACUUUGGCUACGGUGGAAAGUGGCAGCAGGCCUGGGCCUGUCGCUUACUGACCUGCCACAGAAUCGUGGUGAGGCACCCAUAUGCAGAGACUUCUUGAAAGGGGAAUGUCAGCGGGGUAACAAGUGCAAGUUUCGUCAUGUGCGAAAGGACCAUGAGCAUGAGGCUUCACGGUUCAGUGCAGUGGGGAUGAUGGGUGUCUCAAGUGGGGUGGGUGGAAUAGUGAAUGCAAGCGGUGGAGGUGUGGCUUGUGGUGGGGUUUCGGGAUUGGUUGGUGCAAAUGGAGGGAGUCUGAUAGGGAUGGGAAGCCCCAACAUUGGAGGGUGCAGGGAUCAGGGAUUGUGUGGAGGAGGAGGAGGAGGUUCCAUGGGGAGUUGUCUAUCCCUGGGGGCUGCUGGACAGCGACGCUAUGACCGGGGUCCGUGCUCAGUUUAUGAAUCAUUGUUUGAGAAUGGACUGUUUGAUCCUGGCCCACUGGAGAGCUCUGUUGACCAUGCAGCUCUACAGCUGAAGAGAAGACGAUUGGAAGGGCUUCGACUGGCUGAUGGGACUGGAGGAGGACACUAUGAUUUAGGGGUGCAGGCUGCUCUUUCCACCAGGCCUCUGGAGUAUCGAUUAUUAGAGGAGGAAAAUGCUUUGCUGAGGAAACGAGUGGAAGAGCUAAAGAAACAGGUCUCCAAUCUGAUGGCAACCAAUGAAGUCUUGCUGGAGCAAAAUGCUCAGUUCCGCAGCCAGGCAAAGGUCAUGACCUUGUCUUCAACACCUACACCAUCAGAACAGAGUCUGGCUCCACCAGUCGGUUCAGUGAGCUCCUACAACCAUGGCAUUGCACAGACUCGCACAACUUUGAGCAGUGCUGGACUGCAGCCACGUGCUGUAACCCAGCAGGAACUGGUGGCACCUGCUGGUGCCCCUGCUGGUGCUCCUCCAGCCAAUGCUGCACCCCCACCUGCUGCACCGCCUCCUCCUCCGCCCCAUCUGAACCCUGAGAUUGCUCCACUCUCAGCUGCACUUGCUCAGACUAUUGCACAAGGUAUGGCACCACCUGUUUCUAUGGCAUCUGUGGCAGCUUCUGUGGCCCCAGUGGCUGUCUCCAUGGCACAGCCACUGCCAGGCAUCACCAUGAGUCACGCCACCACACCAAUGGUGUCAUACCCCAUUGCCAGUCAAAGUAUGAGGAUUACUACCAUGCCACAUUAACAGAAACCAAAAUACAUGCAAUAAUUCCCGUAAACAUUUUUUCUCACCCAAAGUUGGGGUGCAAUUUUACAAAUGAAGUACUGUAUACAGUAUUCACAUAAACAGUUUCUCUGCUGAAACUUCAGAAAUGGAGGAAAUGGAAACUUCAGAAGACAACACCAGCAACUUGAAGAAACUUCAAGUACAUAUAUAUAUAUAUAUAUUUUUUUUUUAUUUAAUCAGACUCAUUGGUAAUCUUGAACAGUUUCUUUUAUUCCAUUGAGUUGAUUAAGUGCUAAGUGUUUGUGUUACAGGCACAUAUUUUGCUGGACAACAUGGACUGUCAGGAAAAAUGUGCAUUGGCUUCUUAAAAGUUGUGACCCAGCUUUGGUCAGUUGUUUUAUUGAUUUUGCUCUGUGUGGUGUCAUUCUUGAUCUUUUUUCAUAAAUGGAAUAAAGGAUCAACUUGUUUAAAA